AUGCUCUCUUGCUUGGCCAGGGGGAAUUUGCUGGAUAUUCUUCAGGAAGGCUUCACGGAGCAACAACUCCAGGCAUAUGUGGCCUGGGUGAAUUCCCAGCUGAAGAAGAAGCCAACAGUGAAGCCAGUCCAAGACCUGAGACAAGAUCUCCGAGAUGGAGUCAUCCUUGCUUUGCUCAUUGAGAUUGUAGCUGGUGAGAAGCUGAAUGGUAUUCAGGUCAACCCCAUCAGCCAGCAGGAGAUGAGGGAAAAUGUGGAGAAAGUCUUACAGUUCGUGGCAUCAAGAAAGAUCCGCAUGCACCAGACAUCAGCAAAAGAUAUCGUCGAUGGGAACUUGAAAUCUAUCAUGAGGCUGAUCCUGGCCUUAGCUGCCCAUUUCAAACCAGGCUCUGGGAGAGGGAUGCAUCACAGCCCUGCUGGCGUGGUGGGGAAGAGCUUGUCAGCAUCUUCUGGCAGUCACAGGCCUCGGUCAGCAGCUGCAGUGGCACAGGGGGCAGUGGCUGCUCUGGCAGACGUGCGUCAGGAUGUCCUGCAGUCCGGCCGCGACGUGCUCAGGCACAGGCAGAGAAACAGCAGCAUGGAUGAGGAGAUUGAAAACCCUUACUGGAGUGUCCGGGCACUGGUGCAGCAGUACGAAGGGCAGCAGAGCAUGGCACUGGAGUCCCACUCCUCCAGUCUUACAUCACCCAGUCCUAUCCAUAGUGCAAAGAGUGAAUCCACUGUAGCCCCAUCAGAGGAGAAGGAGAGACUUGUGAUCAUCCACACUGAGGAAGCAGAAACCAAAACAGAAGAAACAGAAUCUCAUCUCCAGCCUGAGUGGCAAGCUGGGAACCCUGGGACCUAUUUGGAGAAUUCAUGGGAGGAGCAACUUUUGGAACAACAGGACCAUUUGGAGAAGGAAAUGGAGGAAGCAAAGAAGAUGAUUUCUGGUUUGCAGGCUUUGUUGCUCAAUGGAUCUUUACCUGAGGAUGAGCAGGAAGGAUCCUUUGAACUUUGUGAGCGUGGAGCCUGCCCUGAAGAGCAACUGAUCAUCAUCCGAAGUCGUCUGGACCAGAGUAUGGAAGAAAACCAAGACCUAAAGAAGGAGCUACUGAAAUACAAGCAAGAAGCUCGAAGCCUACAGGGGAUAAAGGAUGCUCUGCAGCAGAGGCUCAUUCAACAGGAUACUUCAGUUCUUCAGCUAAAGCAGGAGCUGCUGAGAGCAAACAUGGACAAGGAGGAAUUGCAAAACCAGAAUGUUGACCUUCAGAGGAAAGUUGAAGAGAGAAACAGGCUGCUGGCAGAGUACAAAAAAGAGCUCUGCCAGAAGGAUAGGUACUUACAGCAGCAUCAGACCAAGCUGGAUGAAAUGUUCAGGCAGCUUUCUGAGGCCAGCUACCAACAGGUAUGGAGCAGGUGGGCUGCACUGGUGGACUUGGAGCGGGAGCUGGAGCACAAAGAGGCCCUCUUAGCUCACUGCAUGAAGAAAGAAGCUGAAGAGGUGAUUGCCUACAGCACUCACAGUGCUCACAGCAAUGGCUUCCUCCAGACAGCAGGAAAAGGAGCUGCUCCCACAGCCCACCGAGGGAGCAACGACUUGCAGCUGGUCCGUGAUGCCCUUCGCAGCCUCAGGAACAGUUUCAGUGGCCACGACCCCCAGCACCACACCAUUGACAGCCUGGAGCAGGGCAUCUCCAGCCUGAUGGAGCGGCUGUACCACAUGGAAACGCAGAAGAGGCAAGAGAGAAGGAUCCGGGGGAAAUCACCAGCAAGCAGAGCAACAAAUGAGUGUAGAGAGUCCUGGCCUCCUAAAUCCAAGCUGCCUCAUUCUCACAGCACCCCUGUGAUGAGCACCAGUGCCUGCACCAAAGUGCUGUACUUCACUGACCGCUCCCUCACGCCUUUCAUGGUCAACAUACCAAAGAGGUUAGGGGAAGUGACCCUGAAGGAUUUUAAGGUAGCUAUUGAUCGUGAAGGAACCCACCGGUACCACUUCAAAGCCCUGGAUCCAGAGUUUGGCACAGUCAAAGAGGAGGUAUUCCAUGAUGAUGACAUCAUUCCUGGUUGGGAAGGGAAAAUCGUGGCCUGGGUGGAAGAAGACCAUGGGGAGAAUUAA